UAAAGGCCGCAAACCGCGGAAUAGCAGAGUGUGAGAUCGUUAUUGCCGAAUCGCACGGCAACCGCUCAUACGAACGAAUUAGGUUUCAUCUGUGUGUGCGACAGCUCGCGUAAACUGUUGAAACAAUUUAUUUUAGAUCCGGUGACCCGACAGAACGUGUUUGCGGGACAUUGCGCCGACCAUAGCUCCGUCGUCGUUGUAGCUGAUAAUUGUGGAACCGAGUGGAACCUGAGAGGUGUGUCUGUUUUUAGCAAAAUGGCUCUUCUGCGACUUGUUGCUAACGAGUGCCGCAAUGUUCUGCAACGUGGCUACAGUACAGCCUCCGUGCCAACCACGAAGAUGUUCAUCGAUGGCAAGUUCGUCGAGUCGAAGACGAACGAUUGGAUCGAUCUGCAUGAUCCUGCCACGAACGAGGUGGUAACGCGUGUUCCCAAGUGCACCCAGGACGAGAUGCAAACUGCUGUGGAAUCCUCCAAGAAGGCAUUCAAGACCUGGCGCCAAUCGUCCAUCCUGAGCAGACAGCAGGUAAUGUUCAAACUGCAGCACAUUAUCCGCAACAACAUGUCGGAGCUGGCCAAAAACAUCACCAAGGAGCAGGGCAAAACACUGAUCGAUGCCGAGGGAGACGUUCUACGUGGACUGCAGGUUGUAGAGCAUUGCUGCAGCAUCACGUCACUGCAGAUGGGUGAAACUGUGCCAAACAUUGCCAAGGAUAUGGACACGUACUCGUACACACUGCCGCUGGGCGUAACGGCCGGUAUUGCCCCGUUCAAUUUCCCAGCCAUGAUUCCGCUGUGGAUGUUCCCGGUCGCUAUUACGUGCGGUAAUACGAGCAUAAUCAAACCUUCGGAACGCGUCCCUGGAGCGACGAUGCUGCUGAUGGAGAUGUUAAACGAGGCGGGCUGUCCGCCCGGUGUCGUGAAUGUGAUUCACGGUGCACAUGAUGCGGUGAACUUUGUUUGCGACAAUCCGGACAUUCGGGCGGUUUCGUUCGUUGGUUCCGAUCAGGCGGGCAAGUACAUUUACGAGCGUGCGGGCCGCAAUGGUAAGCGCGUGCAGUGUAAUAUGGGUGCAAAGAACCAUGGCGUCAUUAUGGCUGAUGCUAACAAGGAGAACACACUCAAUCAGCUGGCUGGUGCUGCGUUCGGUGCGGCCGGACAACGCUGUAUGGCCCUCUCGACGGCUGUGUUUGUUGGUGAGGCAAAGAACUGGAUUCCCGAUCUGGCGGAGCGCGCACGCAAGCUGAAGGUCAAUGCGGGUCACGUACCCGGUACGGAUCUCGGACCGGUCAUUUCCCCGCAGUCGAAACAGCGCAUCCACGAGUUGGUAGAGUCGGGUGCCAAGGAAGGUGCGAAGAUUGUGCUGGAUGGACGGGACAUUAAGGUGGACGCGUUCGAGAAGGGUAACUUUGUCGGACCAACCAUUAUCAGUGACGCGAAGCCAAACAUGAAGUGCUACACGGAGGAAAUCUUUGGCCCGGUACUGGUGUGUCUGUCCGUCGAUACGAUCGAUGAAGCGAUCGAGUUGAUCAACAACAACCCGUACGGCAAUGGAACGGCCAUUUUCACUACAAACGGUGCAACGGCGCGCAAGUUCGUGAACGAUAUCGAUGUCGGACAGGUUGGUGUGAACGUGCCGAUUCCGGUACCGUUGCCAAUGUUCUCGUUCACUGGCAGUCGGGGCAGUUUCCUGGGCGAUUGUCACUUUUACGGCAAGCAAGGCAUCAAGUUCUACACGCAGACCAAAACCGUUACGCAGCUGUGGCGUGAGGGUGAUGUGAGCCAUACCAAGGCAGCCGUUGCCAUGCCAACGAUGAAGUAAAGGUAAAACGUAUUACGUGUAGGUUGUGUUUUGUGUGCCAUUAUCAUCAAAAACGGCACAACGCAAGUACCGCAAUGCCCCGAGCCCGAUAACGACAGCGACAAAGAACGUCUUCCAGAUAAAGUGCAUUUAAAAUGAUUAGUUUUUAUAAAACAAAUCAAACUAGUGGAAUAAAGAUGCCUACAAUGCUUUGCUCA